AAGUUUCCUUUUUCCCCAUCAGUUUUCAAUAAUGGCGUUUACUAAUCUACAAGAUGAGCUGACUUGCUCCAUCUGCACGGACAUCUACACAGAUCCUAUAACCUUGAUAUGUGGACAUAGCUUCUGCAAGAGCUGCAUCAUCCAAACAUGGGACAACCAGGAGGAGAGAGAAUAUUCCUGCCCUGAAUGCAGAGAAAGGUUUAUGUUAAAACCUGAGCUUAAAAUUAACUGCAGACUGCAUAACAUAUCUGUGAGUUUCAAACCUACUUGUACAGAGCAGAAGAAGAUUAGGGUAAAAUGUACUUAUUGCAUUAACAAUCCUGUACCUGCAACUAAAACAUGUAAGCUGUGCGAAGCUUCUCUUUGUGAAAACCAUUUAAAGAAACACAGCAAGUCAGCAGCACACACUUUGAUUGAACCUACCAUCUGCUGGUGGACUAAAAAAUGUACAAUCCAUAACAAGAUCCUGGACUUUUACUGUUCUAAAGACGCUACAUGUAUCUGUUUGUUUUGCAUCGAAGCUGGAGAACACCUGGAACAUCAAGUGGAGACUCUGGAUGAGGCCUUGGAGAGGAAGAAGAAAAUUUUAAUACAAAUCCUGGAAAAACUAACCUCAGAGAGAGUGGAGGUUGACAAAAGAAUACAGAAUCUGAAUGACCACCGGAGAGAAGUUCAAGAAAAAGCUGCUGGUGUAACAGAGAGACUCAUUGCCCUGAUUGGGGACAUAAAGGAACAACUGGAAGUCCUAGAGAAGAAUGUUUUGGAGGAGAUCUCUAGACAGGAAGAACAGAUCACCCUCGGAAUCUCAGAACUAAUCCAGCAGCUGGAAAUAAAGAAAGAGAAGAUGUCCACCAAAAUACGUCGCUUUACGGAGUUGUGUAGUAUGACUAACCCAUUCAUUGUGUUACAGGAAGAGGAAUUGAAUAACGCGGACCUUCCGGAUUCUGAGGAAAGAGACAUUAAGAGCAGCCAGGGAAAUGGUACAUAUUUUAGCUCUGUAGGGGAUCUGGAUAUGCGUCUGAUUUCCGCAAACUUACACCCUGGCUUAACUGAUAUUGUGAGUCAAGUAAUGAGACAGCUCAGUGUACCGAUGGAAAUGUUACUGAAUGCACACAUGGCUUCAGAUAUUUUACUGGAUAUAAACACAGCUGGUAAUUUUUUAACUAUAUCAGGUGACUUGAAAACUGUGUCCAAGUCAGGCAUUUCCCAGAUACACGAACAAACACAGCAGAGAUUUCAAUGUCAUCAGGUUUUAAGUACCAGAAAUUUCUCCUCAGGUAGACAUUACUGGGAAGUGAAGUGCAGUAAAUCCGGGGAUUGGAGAAUAGGCAUGGCAUAUCCAAGUAUAGAAAGGAAGGGAGAUCAGUCAUUCCUUGGAUACAAUACUAAGUCAUGGGCUUUGGAAAAGUGGCAAAAUCAUAAAAAUUAUUCAGCAAUACAUGACAGUAAAGAAAUCCAGUUAUCUCACCAACCUUCUUCUCAGACAAUAAGGGUAUACGUGGACUAUGAGGCUGAAUCACUGUCCUUUUAUGAGGCAGGUGGCUCUAUAAGACACCUAUAUACCUUUACUGCCACCUUCACUGAGCCUCUUCAUGCUGGGUUAGGGUUAUGGAAUGAUGUAGUCCUGUCCGUUUAAGAGCUUUAUCCAUUUUAAAAUCCCUUUGAAAGAAUAAAGUGCUAGUAAUACAAGUCAGAUUGUAGAUGAGAAGUUUUAGAUGAUCAUCCCACACACUCUGUGUUACAAUGUAAGCUGGGGUCUUGCUAGACAGGAGGGGGGUUGACAAGGACUGGAGCUCCAUGUAAGGUCCUGAAAAGCCCCAGUUCUAAUUUGGGAUCCAUUUCAUUGUUAGCCCUUACAUACUUUUCCAACAUUUAAUUUUAGGUGUGUGAGUGAAGGUGUGGCCAAUGGCAGGGCUCUUCCGAGACAUUUUAGGUGACUUACCAAUAGCAAUUUAUGCAACUAAAAUGUAAUUUAGAACAAGAACAAUGUAUUUUAUUUAUAUAGACUGAUUUCCAGAUAUGUUGUAGUUUAAACGCCCAUUACUGGGAGUGUACACUCAGACAUAGCAACACUUUGGAGCUCCUAGAAUAGAGAGACUGGGGGAAAAAAGAGGGACAGAGGGAUUUGGUCUCCAAAAUAGGAACUUACCCUUCCAAAUAGGGACAGUUGGUAGGUAUGAUGUAAUACUGAGAGAGAACCGAGUUAGUCUCUGUCAUCUUCCCCGUUCACUCACUGCACAGAAGCAGGAAAGACUGUAGAGACUAACUAUCGGUUUUCAAACACCGUCUGACCCAAGAUGCACGUAUGUGGCUGAAGGGUCCAGUCAUAUACUAAAGGUAGGGGCUAGUUUUUCGCAUAUAUAUAUAUAUUAUUAAUUUAAAGCAAAAAAAAAAAAUUUCUUUUCAAAACUUGAUGAAAGGAUUACUAGAUUUAAAAAUAGUUUUGAAUGGACAGUCGUCCUUUAAGGUUUAAGGUAGUUUUGCCACCUAGCAAUGCCAUGGAAUGUGAGUGAUUUGUAUACGAAUAGUAGAAGUUGUUUUAGUGAAAUCACAGAUUUUAUCUAGACUAUGUCUUCUAUUAUUUUUAGCAAGUCAUAAUCACGGUGCCGUAUGUAAUUCAAAGGAGUUGACAUGUCAAGACUGUUGCAGUUUUUUUCACCUCUCUACGUAGCAUGUUUUCCCCAUGUAUGCCCUUGUUUAUACCAGUAUGAUAAUUGAACUCUACCAAAACAAUAAUACAUGCAAGCACUUUUGGAUACAUUACAAUAUGGCUAGUAUUUUUCAUUGAAUUAAUAAUACAAUAUAUGGAAUCUUCUUGUCAUUAUUAUAUGUUAUGUUUCUUAUUUUAUUUUUUUAUGAUUGUUUGAAAUGUCAUGUAAUACAAUAUAUGUAUAAUUGACUGUUGAUGGAGAAUUAGUUUGCCGACAUGUUUCCCUUUUUUCUAUAUUGUAUUCCUUUCCAUUGUUACUUUUCGCUAAAAAAAUUUUGUGUGCAAAUUUAAUAAAAAGCAUUUGAAAAGAACAGCAGCAAAAAGUUGAACAUCUCCUUGAAUAUUUUAUUUCGCUCCAUUAGUCUGAUGAUAAGAUGCAAAAUGUCUUAAAACGC